UUUGACCUUUGUCUGAGGUGUCAGCGCGUGCCGUGUAACACACAACGGGUCCAACGUGAACAUUUUUAUACAGGUAAAACUACGGUACAGAACUCCAAACACAUAAUUUUGCGCGGUGCUCAUAAUCUGUCAGGUCUCUUCUCAGUGCGCGCACGUGUGUGUGUGUGCGCGCGAGCACGCACGUCGAGACGGGUUGAUACCGCUGUGCAUGAUGGGCGCGCAGCCCACGGCCGCGCGGGGGGUUCCGUGUCUGUGACAACAGAUCGAGCUUAUUUUCCGACAAGACGACGCGACCGAACCCCGAGCUCCUACCCUAGUCUGCGAACCGCAGAGCUCGCGCCGUUCCUCGGGGGAUGGUCUCUUAUGAGCCGCGGUGGGAGGACCAUGGUUGAGAGGACCGGUACCUUCUUGCUGGUCCUCGUGGGUUCCGUGUUCUUCAUGCUCAUCCUGUACCAGUACGCAGCUCCGGGGGCCGCGAGCCUCGGCUCUCCUCAUGGGUACCUCGCGGAGGAGGACGCGAAUACAUUUCCCAGCGCGGACCCGCACUAUGUCAAAAAGUACUACUUCCCUGUGCGGGAGCUCGAGCGCUCCGUGGACUUCCACAUCAAAGGCGACGACGUCAUCGUGUUUCUGCACAUCCAGAAGACCGGCGGCACUACCUUUGGGAGACACCUGGUGCAGAACGUUCGCCUCGAGCUCCCGUGCGACUGCCGUCCAGGCCAGAAGAAGUGCACGUGCUACCGGCCCAACAGGAAAGAGACGUGGCUCUUCUCGCGCUUCUCCACGGGCUGGAGCUGCGGACUCCACGCGGACUGGACGGAGCUCACGAGCUGCGUGCCCCGCGUGCUCGAGCGCAGGGAGAACAACAAGGCGGGUAACGCGAGGAAGUUCUACUACAUCACACUGCUUCGAGACCCUGUGUCCCGCUAUCUGAGUGAGUGGCGGCACGUACAACGCGGCGCCACCUGGAAGACCUCGCUCCACAUGUGUGACGGUCGCACGCCCACUCCCGAGGAGCUACCAGCCUGCUAUGAGGGCACAGACUGGUCAGGAUGCACGCUGCAGCAGUUCAUGGACUGUCCCUAUAAUCUGGCCAACAACCGGCAGGUGCGCAUGCUGGCUGACCUCAGUCUGGUAGGCUGCUAUAACAUGUCCUUCCUGUCUGAGAAGAAGCGUGCCCAGAUGCUGCUGGAGUCUGCCAAGAAGAACCUGCGGGACAUGGCCUUUUUCGGCCUGACAGAGUUCCAGCGCAAGACCCAGUACCUCUUUGAGAGAACAUUCCGGCUGCGCUUCAUCCGACCCUUUGUGCAGUACAACAGCACACGGGCAGGAGGCGUAGAUGUGGACAAUGACACAAUACUGCGCAUCGAGGAGCUCAAUGAGCUUGAUAUGCAGCUAUAUGACUAUGCCAAGGACCUUUUUCAACAACGCUACCAGUACAAACGUCAACUGGACCGGCAAGAGCAGUGGCUUCAGAACCACCGGCUAAACCCGGAGCCUCUCCACAAUGAGGGUGGUGAAGAGACAAUACGUGUGCCCACCGAGGACUACAUGAACCAUAUUAUAAGCCGCUGGUAGCCUCAGCCUUGGUGGGGGGAGAUGGACAUUGUGCUGCUGUAAGGGAUUCUGCUGAUGUGCUCCUUGAACAUUUACCCAACAUACCCUCAGGCUUCUGAGUUGCAGAGGACACAUCUCUAUGCACACACUUUAGCAGCAGGUCCAUAGCAAUGGCCAGCAGUCCCCUGCAGUGCAUAGUAAGCUACACAACCCAAACCCCUGAGACUAAGAAGUCUUUCUAGAGGACAUUUGUCUUGCAUGGGGUAUAGUACCUUUGAAAAGUUGAGAAACAGAUUUAAAAGUCAUUAAGAAGUAUAAACGUCUUUGGGCAUUAAUGUGGUAUAUGUCUACACUGUCUCACAUUUCAGAGGGACGAUACACUAAUUUGGAAAGUCAAUUUCAAUAACGCUCAGUCCUUCUUAAAACUGAGGGCUGCUUCAAAGCUGAAAAGAACUUUAUCUGUGAAAAUGGGCUCAUUUUCAUCAUGCCCUUCCUUGCUGUUAAGGCACUGGCAUUGCCAGCUGUAGACAAGGGUGCUACAGGUUGUCAACCCUAUAGACAGGUUUCAUCAGCUGACGCUGGGAAAAAUGGAGCAGCAGGAAGUCAGUUAUUUUACUUAUAUGAAGGGAUCAACUUUAAUCAUGUAGGGGUUAGAGCUGGGCAGAUUCUCUUUGGAGAACAACCCACUGGUGACCUAUCCCACUGGCCCCAGGGGAGCAAUGUGAGAAACCACAGUGUUUUUAAUUUGUUGCACUCAUUGCAGUCAGCCUGGUGGACAGGGUGACAUGCUCCUGUGAGACAUGAGGAAGGUGUAAAACCCAUCUUAGCCUCCCUGAGUUUGGAAUAAUUUAAUUUUCUAUUUUACACUACAUGUUUUAUAGUCAGAUCUGCAGCAUGCAUGUGUUUGUGAAUGCGUGCAGGCAUGCAUGUUCAAAUACGUAUGUGUAUUUAAGUAGUGCAAUGCAACAUGCUCCUGAACUGUCUCAUACCCAUCAGGGGCUGCUCUGUGUAGAAGGAGUCAUUUUUCAGAUCAUUCCUCAAACUGUCUUGCUACUAGUAGCUGUCACAGGGACAGAGUUGUGAAAAUGAGCUUUGCAUUGCACACAUCGAAAGUGCCACAUGCCAUUAUUCCAUAAGGUGUGAGCACAUUUCUUUUCAGCUGGAGUACUCCGCAACUCUAAGGCUUGCAAAGGAAGAAAAUCAAAAUAAGGUUAUUGUGAACAGGCCUACGUACAAGGUCAGUGAUUGCGUUUCAGGUGAUCACUGCUAGUUUUCUGUGAUGUUGCGCUGAUCUGUUUGACCUGGUGCUGACUGCAACUGGAAGCCAAUGUGCAGAAUGGUUUCAUCACAGUUGCAUGGUCAUUUGUAAAACUGUGCUUGUGUUGGGGAGGAUGGCAGAUGACAAGCAAUGGCUAUGAUUGGUUUCCAGCUGUUAAUAGAUGUUUUCCUUAUUCAAGCAAAAUGCACCAUCAAGCCACCAAUAAAGAUGAUUCAUUUUUAAAAA